AUGCUUGAAGAAGGCGGUAAUGAACUAGACGGGUGGUUUAUCUCCAACCUCUACGCCUUCAACUAUCUCCUCAAAGGUCAAGGCCAGAAGCAGACGUGGCUGACAGCCGCUGACCCAGAGAAGCUUGUCCAGAAAUAUGGGCCAUAUCUACAUGGCAAUCCUUACGAGGAGCGCAAAACUUGCCUUGAUCGUGACAUGCUGGAUCAAGAUCAACUGACCCCUGUGACUGUCGUUCGGUCGAAUGAAAUGAUUGACCGUUUCCUUCAAGAGGCAAAGCUAGCCUCCGAGUUGGCUAAACGAACCGAGGCCCCACUCCUCCUCCUUGUGUUCUGUCACGGACUCUCCAAUUACCACCUCUGUUUGGACGAUGGCAAUCACUCAAAGGGACUGAGUAUUCUAGCACUGAAAGCCGUCCUUGAACCCGGUGCCCACAUUACCCUGGUUACCACCGCUUGUUACUCGGGAGGAUGGGCUACGACUCCGGAAUUGAACACUACUAGCAUGACAGCAGCUGGUGGGCUCCAUACCAAUUCCGACAAAGAACUUCGCGAAGGACUUCCUAAUGCGUGGGAUGCUUCACUGAGUAUCGGUCGGACUUGUGGGUCAGUUUUUGCGAGCACCCUGUUCCAGACCCUUUCGAGUGCUACGAGUCCUCUUUUGGAUGCUCGAGAAUCUAGCAAUGCGAGUGACCAGCCGAGUUUGCAACCAGAGGAGCCGAAUGAUCAGCAAACCCUAAGCUAUAACGCAUUCUGCCAAUCUGUCCUGGAUACAUGCCAAAACAGCGUGACACGGCUGGGCGACAGGCAGUGUUUCACAUUCAGUGCCCAGAAUGAUGCAUGGGACUACUCAUGGACGGGCCAAACCGGCAUUCCGCUGGCCUACUUUGAGCGUCGGUGGAAACAAAUGAAGCCCUAUCCGUAUACUGGGCCGGAAGGUAUACGCGCACUUCGAAAUCAAGAUCCUAGAAAUGCCACAUACACGGUCAGCGACCCAAACAAAGUCGGUGGAGUCCGCAUGACUAGGGACGGCGAGUUUAUCGAGAACAUGACCGCUCUCAUUGCGCAGUACAGAAUCAAGGAUAUGGCGAGGAUGUUCCAUGCCACUUGUCCAGGGGAUUGGACUCGAGGCCGAGAGGUGGCUUGGAGAGGUACUCUUUACGGAUUCUACCAGUUGGGCAUAUUCCCCGAGUCUGAGGCCAUGAUCUACUCCACGAUUCGUUUCAGGUGGGAGGCGGCACUCCUCGCCGAUUUUCUUGUUGCGAUGUAUGAGCUUCCGAUGCCCAGAAACGAGAUAUGCAUCAUGUGGGAUUGGCAGUCCUGGGAUGUUGAAUUCCGGGUGAAGACCUCGAUGUCAAAGUCCGAGUUCAACCAACGAUGGAUGGCAGUAGCCUUGCCAUUCAACUGUUUCGAUUUCUCCCGCCUACCUGAUCAGGGCCCGCGCUUCAUGCGCCCUUUUACGUAUUUGGUAGCAGCGUUGCUAGAGGCUAAUUAG